AUGCUGGGAUUGGGGUGUCCAUAAAUCAAUUUGCAUCGACAAUCGAUAUAUCCCGAUUUUUGCACAGUAUUUAUUGGAAUUUAGGUAUAUUCUUGGACCUACAGUGCUCAAUCGCGGACAAAGAUGUAAUGGAACUUUUCUACGAGGUAUUAUAUUGCUUAAAUCAUGUUACACUUCUUACAUUUGAUGAUUGAUACACAAAAAUUACUAUUUAGACCUCGACCCAUUACAUGUUUGAUCAUUUGCAUCAAUGGUUGAUCGUGGGAGAAAAUAUGAGCCAUACUGUCAACUUAUUAAACGACAGUACAUUUAGUAUCAUCACGGAUAUCGCGAUUGCUAUACCAAGGGAUGAUGAGUACAUUUUAUAUGACGUAUAUAAUCAUUGCAAAUCUUGCGGUGGUUUGUUAAAUGUUGCGGAACUUGGUACCUGGUCUAGGAACGAUGGAUUACAGAUUACUCUGCGGUCAAAUAAAUUUUCCAGAAGAUGGAAUUAUCAUAGGAUGAAGAUCAAGAUUGCUGGUCUUGUAACAGUUAAACCUAAGGAUCAAGAUUUGGUGGAAUAUCUACGAGAAAAGAAUGAUAUACGCACGGACAAUUGGUCUAAGUUUGGAUUUGCUAUCAUGGAACACGUUCGAGAUCAAUUCAAUUUCACCUUUGAGGUGAUAAAACUGGAUCAUUGGAGGAAAAAUGAUAGCAGUUUUGGACCAUUGAUAGCUGGCCUUCACGAUGACAUCUAUCACAUGGGAUAUUUUCCAUCGAUUUUGACUAUCGAAAGACUCAAUUAUGCAAAUGUAAUUACGCAAGUUUGGCCCGCAAGAACCUGCUUUAUGUUUCUUACUGUACCUUCGUCAAAAGUGGACAUGAACCUAAUCUUCAGACCAUUCUCACGAAAUGUUUGGUACAUGAUCCUUUUAUUAAUAAUCGUCAUAAUUUUCGCUAUGUGGAUAAUUUUUAAACUCGAAAAAGAUGCUAUUUACUCUGAUUAUGGGUCCACACUUCUCAUUAUUGCCGCUGCAUUAAGUCAACAGGGAUUACCAUUUAUUAGCAAUCAAUCUUCUAGUCGUGUUGCUUUUUUUCAUACAAUGAUCUUUGGUCUACUUGUAUAUAACUAUUACUCAGCAGCAAUAGUAUCCAGCCGGCUGAAUGCACCAUUAGAUAAAAUGAACGAUUCAUUGUAUUCAUUAGUAAAAAGUAAAAUGAGUCUUGCAGCGUUUAAGGAUAUAUAUUUCAGUGUUUUAUUGCAAUCUUCUGCGGAAGAUGUUCAAUAUUUUCAGAAACACUGGGAAACUAUACCACAAAAGAAAAGAUUUCUUUCGAUAGAGGAUGGUGUGGAAAAAAUGAAGAACUUAAGAUUUGCUUAUCACGCGGAGCCCGAUAACGUUUAUCCAUUUAUAGAUCGUAAUUUUGAUAAAGAAAUGAUUUGUCAGCUUACCGAAGUACAUUUACUUCGUCCUUGUUCGUUAGGUUUAUGGUCAACUCAACAUAGUCCAUUUCAAGAAAUAACAAAAAUAGGUAUUCUUAAGAUAUCCACUUCGGGGAUUCGGAAGCGAGAAGUGUCACGUUGGAGUUACAGAAAACCUUAUUGCAACAAAGAUAAAUAUCAUGUAUCUAGUGUAACUAUUCAUGAAGCGAUACCAGUUAUACUUGUUUUAUGUUUUGGCAUCAUUUUAUCAGCUGUUAUUUGUUUCAUCGAAAAUGUAGUUUUCCGCAAAUUAAGCACAAAACAGGAACAAGUAAAAAAAUCUGAAAGUCGAUUAAAAAAACGUAAUCAGAAAAAUAUUGUACCAAGGAUUAAAACUACGGUAAAGACAAAAAUAUCUAUUCGUGUAACUAACAAAAAAAAAUUUUUUUCUAAUAAAUAAAAAUUUUCAUUAGAAAAUAAA